AGCAACCUGUUUGUUAUUUUAAAACUCUACCAAACACUCACCUUCUAAGCAAAGGCUAAUGACAUUUUAGCACCAUGUUGGUGAGCUCAUCCGUUUGGUCGACAAUCUUCUUAAUCCUAAGCACAUUGUUAACCCUCGGCAGCAGCCAGAGAUGUGGGGGUUCCAUAGAAGCCGGAGCUGGUGUGAUACGCUCUUCGAACUACCCUGACGGGUAUCCAGCAUCGGACUGUGUUUGGAUAAUUGACUCUGGCGCCGAGAACAGGAUAAGACUCAAGUUCCAGGUCCGCGACUGCAGCGGAGAUUCACUUUGGAUGUAUGAUGGAGACGGGACUGUUGGAGUACCACUACUGGGCCAAUACUGUUCGACAGUUCCGCCCACAUCUAUUGACUCUAGUGGACGGUUCGUGACAAUCAGGUUUAUGUCCGUGGGAGGAGCGGAAAACAACCAAGGCUUUGUCAUAUCCUAUGAAUCGAUCGAUGUAGCUCUAGGUUCUCGAGUCAUUUGGAGCGAGAUUGAACCAUCCACAGGUUCGGUUCGAUUAAACAGUGUACCGGCAGACCCCGUUGUGAUGUUGAAACCAGAUGGCACAGUUCAGGACACCAUCGUGACCGAUUUCUACUUCAUGGCCCCAAGUGGUAACUGGACCGCUCUAGAAACCCGAUAUGGUGAGCGCGAACUGAUUUGGAGUGAUGGUCUUCGGAAUGUCAUGAUCAAGGGGUCAAUGGGAAGCGACCGAUCGGUGAAAACCUACGCAUCUACAUCACCCAGCGUUCUGGGAGUCGCAGUUGAUUGGCUGACGGGCAACGUGUAUUGGACAGAUGCAGCGUAUGAUUGGAUAAUAAUGCAUGACGCAAGCGGGACGCGUAACGUGCUGAUUAUUGAUGAGGACCUGGAUAUUCCUACAGGCCUAGCCAUUCAUCCAUCCAGGGGAUACCUAUUCUUGACUGACUCAGGAUCCAGGCCAAAGGUAGAGAGGAGUAAUCUUGCAGGAGGAGGUCGUCUUCAGCUGGUUUCCACAAACAUCCUUCGUCCCUCUGGAAUAACAGUUGAUUAUGAAACUGACUUAGUGUAUUGGGUGGAUUCCGAUCCAUCCUACAACCACAUGGAAGUCUGCAAUCUUGAAGGGGCAAAUCGCAGAACACUGAUGUUCUCUCCUAUCAAUCUAGGCCUUUUCGACUUGACCAUCUCCGGGAACUACAUCUACACAACGGCAAAAGAGUCCCAGAAACUGAUAGUACUAGUGAAAGACAGUGGUCAACAACUAUUCAAUCACGACCUCCAAUAUACUCCAUACAGCAUCGUGACCUACGCACCGGAUGUACAACCUCAGGAAUAUUCACCGUGUAGCAGUAACCCUUGUAGCUUCCUUUGUGUCGGGGGAGGACCCAACGGUUAUACCUGUCUCUGUGGAAACGGUUUCCUCUUAAAGGAAGAUGGUCGUACAUGCGAGAAGGAGGGUACUAUAGACCCACCGCAGUACUUCGUUGCCUCGCGCUCCAAGCUUUGUCGAUAUCCCAUCAACUUUCAUGACAUUGCUUUCUCCAUGGUCACAAACUUUAACGCAUCCUGCUUCUUAGAAGAGCGGAUCCAUGCCGUAGCUAUCGCCGUCGAUGUGGAAGACGGACUCUCGUUCUUCAGUGACUUUGAGACGAAGGAAAUAGGGAUGACCACUCUCAGAGAUGGAGCACCGGUGCAAAUUAUUAUGGGUGGAGUACGGGAUGUACAAGGCUCAUACGAUUAUAAUUUGGAAUCUUAA